AUGGGGGUCUCGCUGUCGCUCCGGUCGCUGCUGCUCAGCGCGUGGCUCUCCCUAGGGAAUGGACAGGCUACUAGUAUGGUCCAGCUACCAGGUGGGAGAUUUCUGAUGGGAACAAAUUCUCCAGAUGGCAGAGAUGGUGAAGGACCUGUCCGGGAAGUGACAGUAAAACCCUUUGCUAUUGACAUAUUUCCUAUCACCAACAAGGAGUUCAGGGAGUUUGUCAGGGAGAAAAAGUACCGGACAGAGGCUGAAAUGUUUGGGUGGAGCUUUGUCUUUGAGGACUUCGUCUCCAGUGAGCUAAGAAACAAAGCGACUCAGCAAAUGAAGUCUGUUCUCUGGUGGCUUCCAGUAGAAAAGGCAUUUUGGAGGCAGCCUGCAGGUCCUGGUUCUGGCAUCCGAGAGAGACUGGAGCACCCCGUGGUACACGUGAGCUGGAAUGAUGCUCGUGCCUACUGUGCUUGGCGGGGAAAACGCCUGCCCACUGAGGAAGAGUGGGAGUUUGCUGCCCGAGGAGGCUUGAAGGGUCAGGCUUACCCAUGGGGGAACCGGUUCCAGCCAAACCGCACCAACCUGUGGCAAGGAAAGUUCCCUAAGGGUGACAAAGCUGAGGACGGCUUCCAUGGAGUCUCCCCAGUGAAUGCCUUUCCCCCACAGAAUAACUACGGGCUCUAUGACUUCCUGGGCAACGUGUGGGAGUGGACAGCAACACCAUACCAGGCUGCUGGCCAGGACAUGCGUGUUCUCCGGGGGGCAUCCUGGAUCGACACAGCUGACGGCUCCGCCAAUCACCGGGCCCGGGUUACCACCAGGAUGGGCAACACUCCAGAUUCAGCCUCAGACAACCUGGGCUUCCGCUGUGCUUCCAGUGCAGGCCGACUACCUGGGGAGCUGUGAGCAGCCAUGCAGAAACAAGGAGAAAAGUCCUCCGUGGCAUCUGUGCCGUUCUCUGGCCGUAUUCCAAGCACAACCCAAGUCCAAACCCGUCAGCUUCAGCCUCAGGAAAGAACUUUUCCCCCUCGUUCCAUCUCUCUGCGGCAGGCACCUCUCACCAGGGCAGGAGAUGCCUCACCCUCAGAGGAGGACUGCCACUGUCUCUUGGAGAAGGAGCCCAACUCAUCCACUGUGGCUGGGAGCUGGGUGUUUCUCUUAGAGGUCAGGUAUUAACCACAUAGGGGCCGCAUAUGCAGAAUCUGCCACCUCCUCCUUUCUCUCUGAUUCUGGAAUCUGGCCUUAUUUCCAAGGCAGAAUUUCCCUGGUUCUCUGUUUUCCCAGCAAAUUGCCUCUUGUAGUAUUUCGGGCCCCUCAGAAGGAACUUAAUUUCUGCUCUCUGUGAGAUUCAGUCAUGUGGCCUCUUUAAAGCACAACAUCAGUGUUAAAAGGGUGUGGGAGAACCAGAUCGUUUACCAGGUGAAGCUGUGCAUUUGUGGAAGCCACAAGGUACGUACUACAGAAAGACAAAUAUUACAAGCUGCUUCUGUUGUUAAUCAUGUAAGGGCUUCCAUGUUCCUCUAAAAACGUGUCCCUGGAGAGUAACCUGCUCUUGUGGUAUCACUGGAUGUUAUGAGGUCAGUAAAAUCUCUGGCAGUUGUGUA